CGAGUGUGCGCCUGCGCGUUGAGCUCAGUGGCCCUGUCGCGGCCGUCACAAAAGGAAGCCGCCAUCGUGGUGAGAGGAGAGAGGCUGAGGCCGGAGCGGGCUUCGAGUGCGGCCCAGUGAGUGAGGGACUGAGGGGAGGAACGACGCCGCCGAGGAGGAGAAGGAGAAGCAGCCGGCCGCUGCUGCUGCUGCUGAGGCGGCCGGCCUCAAGGCUGGCGGGCGGCGGCGGCAGCGGUGGCGGCGGCGCGGGGGCGAGGCCUGUGCUGAGGGCCUGAGGCCUCGGCUCCCUUCGCGCCGCCGCCAUCCUCUCCUUCCUCCCUCGCCUCCUCCCUCCUUGCCUGCCUCCCUCGCUUGCUCGCCAUGGCCCAGCAGCAGGUGAGCAGCUCGCAGAAGGCGCUGAUGCUGGAGCUGAAGGGCCUGCAGGAGGAGCCCGUCGAGGGCUUCCGCAUCACCCUCGUCGACGAGUCCGACCUCUACAACUGGGAGGUGGCCAUCUUCGGGCCCCCCAACACGCUCUACGAGGGCGGGUACUUCAAGGCUCAUAUUAAAUUUCCUAUGGACUACCCAUAUUCACCUCCUACCUUCAGAUUCCUGACCAAAAUGUGGCAUCCCAACAUUUAUGAGAAUGGAGAUGUAUGUAUUUCAAUCCUUCACCCACCUGUAGAUGACCCUCAGAGCGGGGAGCUGCCAUCGGAAAGGUGGAACCCGACCCAGAAUGUCAGGACUAUCCUACUGAGCGUAAUCUCCUUGCUGAAUGAGCCCAACACCUUCUCUCCGGCAAAUGUGGAUGCUUCAGUCAUGUUCAGGAAAUGGAGGGACAGCAAAGGAAAAGACAAAGAAUAUGCGGAAAUCAUUCGGAAACAAGUCCAGGCAACCAAGGCAGAAGCCGAAAAGGACGGCGUGAAGGUCCCCACCACCUUGGCGGAGUACUGCAUCAAAACUAAAGUGCCUUCCAAUGACAACAGCUCGGAUUUGCUUUACGACGACUUGUACGACGACGACAUUGACGACGAAGAUGAGGAGGAGGAGGAGGACGCCGAUUGUUACGACGACGACGAUUCCGGGAACGAGGAGUCCUGACCUGGCCCCUCCGCUCCCCGGCCCCGGCCCCCGUACUGUCCCGCCUGUUUUGCCAGAGGGGGCCGCGGCGGCCUCCGAGUGACCAUUCAGCAAAAAAUAUAUCUACACCACACAUACACCUACACAUGCAUACAUACACAACCAGGGUGGGGAAGAAGACACCGACCGAACCUGCGCCUCCCGCUUCCUUCCUCCUGUCGUACGGGCCUCGAUCUCCCCCCACGCCCUGUUCUUUGGGCCUCCCCAAGAGGAAGCCCUCUUCUCCAGAAUGUCUCAGAGUUCUUGCAUCCUUGCCUCUCCCAUCACUGUAUUCUGAAUUUCCCCCUCUUUUCUUUUUCUUCCCCUCCCCUUUUUUAAAACUAGCGGCGCUCUCCGCUCCCUCCCGCAUCACUCUGCUCCCCUUCCGCCCGCCUUUCAGGGGCGUUCCGCAAGAUGAGGAGAAAUCGGUUUGGCUCUGUGUUUAGCUUCUUGAAUUAAACACAGUUUUUCAUCGAGAUGUUUAAUGUAUUCAAACGCCGCCGGAGACUCUGGGGGACGCUCCCUGCCAGCUGGGCUCGACACGGGGGCGGCGGCAGCAGCACCGGCCAAUGAGGCUGCCCCACUGACAGUGAUUGCGUGCGCACUUGUUUUGCCUUGUGGUGGUGCUGGUGCUGGUGGUGGUUUUCCCCCUUCCCUUCCUCCCGCCUUUCUUCUUUCCUUCGUUUCUUUUUCCCCUUUUCUUCCCUUUUCUUUUUUCAGGCGUUGGGCAGAGCAUGGGCUCCUGUGUUCUGAGCUUGGCAAGACCUUGUGGGACUGAAAGGCCCAGUAUUGCAUUUCAGUCCUGCUUGAGGGCCAUGGGGUGGGUUAUGGGGGAGGCGGAGGGCCCUUUUGGGAGCUGGAGGGGUGAACUGCAGCCGCCAUAAUCUACGGCAGUGUCUUUCCAUCUCUGCUCUGACAGAUGUUUUGACCAUCGACUUCCAAAAUCCCUCAUCAUCCGCCAAUGCAGCUGAGGCUCCUGAGAGUUGAAAACCAAAACACCUGAAGGACUAGAGGUUGGGAAUCUAUAGGAUAAGCAAGCGAUUUCUGGGUGGGGAAGCAGGGGGUUGUCUUGUGAUGAUGAGCCUUCCCAUAAAUAUUUCAAAACACUCAUCAUUCUGCCCCACUGAACCCUUUUGGUUGUCCUCUUUCUUCAACAGACUGUCUUUGGCCUCAUAGAGUAGCAGCCUCUCAGUUCCAGCAAGUUUCCUGGAGGCUCUUUCGGGUGCGUUGGAAUGAAGCAUUGAGGACGAUGCUUUGCCACAAGUAGCUCUAUGGAUGGCUGCUGUUUUCUGCACUUUGAAUUUUGUGUGCCCUGGAGAGUGGAUUCAGCCCCUCGUUCCUAUGGCAGAAGGAGGCAUUAUUUGACCACUGUUUCGAGCAAGAUUGAGAUCUCUCUCUUAGUAAGAGGCUUCUUGCCAGCUGGGCUCUGGCAUUUUGGCAGAUGGGGGCAAAAAUGGUCUCUUGGGUUGUGCCAGGAGUCCCAAAGUGUUUGAGCUCCCCAAUUCCCACCCAAAGGCCUGUGUUUCCUUGGGAAAUGGAAUGCUACAGCUGCCUCUGCUCUGUGUUGUACAUGGAGUUGACAGUGUGGCAUGGCGGCAUCCAUGGCUAGGCUUUCAAAGAAGGAAAGGGCAGGGAGUAGAAGGAACUGUGGGGAGUCAAAGAACAGAGCCCUUGCCUUGGAUAAUUAGGUGCUUGUGGCCUUCAAAAUGGUCCAGUAGGCUUCAUUUCCACUUUCUUGAGCAGUAAAUUCUUUGAAGCUCCAUUUUUUCUUUCUAAUGGAAAUGGUGAUGAUGGGAGGAGAUCAGGCAGAGCUGGGUCUGUAGAAGAAUAUAGUCCUGAUGGCAGCCUUGUGCUCUUGCUUCCAUUCUGGGUUGUGCCCUUCUGGCCCAUUGCCAUUUGUAUCUGUUUGCUCUGGGAGCUGCCCACCUCAGCAAGUAAGUUAAACAAUCAAACCUAGAGAUGCUAUGGGAGGCCACUUGUGCAGCACAAAACCCAUAGGCAGUUCCACCAUGUCUCCGGGCCACUUGCCGACUGGACGUCGCUCUACCUUUUUCCUUUGGUGCCAAGUGCAAGGAUCUGGUCUCCACAGACUUGUGACGCAACCGUGGAGACCUCGUGUCUUCACCUUCCCACUUAAGGGUCCCCAAGAAUGAGUGAAGAAGGUAUACACACAAGGAAGAAAGGAAGUGGUGGCCAAUUGGCUUAGUCAGUCAGUCUGUAGAGGCAAGGUCCUGCUUUCCAGCAAGCCCUGCAUUGCAUGUUCAUUUCUGAGAAGAAGGGGCUGUGUCAGAGGCAGUGGUCAUUUUGGAGAAUUUUGGGGACCCCAUGCAGUCAGUGGGUCACUCCUCGGAUAGAGUGGGAUCCGCCUGCCCUGAAAACGAGGGGCGAAAGGGAUGCGGAGGGCGCUCUCGGGCCGGCCUGAAAUGCGGAUGCUGCAUCUCUCGGCCCCUUUUCCCUUUGUACUUUGACCGUGUUCACUGUAUACUCUCCAGUGACUUGUAUUCUCCAGCUUGGUGGUGUGAGAUGCAUUAUGAUGAUGAUGAUGAUACCUCUGUCCUCCCUUGUGGUCACUCUUCUUUUGGGGGGGCGGGACGAUGGGAGGGCCCGCACUCUCCGCUGAGCCAAGGCCGACUUGGACCCACCGACUUCAGUCCGGUCUCCUCUCCUCGAGAUCCAACCCGGCGACCGAAAUGCAACUAUCAAGCUACUUAAGAGAUUGAGGACAAAUGUUUACUCUGCGAGCUCUUCUGCCGCCUGGUUCUCUCUCCUGUCCCACCCACCUCUGCGUUUACAUUUCUGACCGAAGAAACAAACAAACAAAACCAGUUCAGAUGCAGUUCUUAACAUUUUGAAACCAACAGGGAGCACUAGAAUUCUAUUGCUGUUUUUUUUUUCUCUUUUCAGUGCUGAAAUCUUGGAUGUUUUUUCUCCCUUCUCUUUCUCUCUCUUUCUCUCCUCCUUUCCCCCAGUUGAUGCAACUUACCAGACCAGGUUAAACUAAUGCAUUUUUUUUCUUUUGUGUUGUCUCCUUCUCCUUUGGUAAUUUAGUUUUGGUUUUUUUUUUCUGCACAUCUGUCUACUAAUAAAAUGUAGAAUAAAGUA